UCUGGGCUUCAGCAUCUCUAUGACGAUUUCCUUUGGCGACCGCCAGGGCCAUUAAACAGUGUUCUUUUUUUUUGUUCUUCCUUUUCCGGAGGAAGUGAUACAAAGAAGACGGAAGUGGAGUGUGGGGAGCCGUGUGGUUGGUGAGUGCACGUCUGUGGGGAAGGCUGAAGCCGGGAACCUGAAUGGCUGUUUAAUCCCGAUCCAGAUUUUAAUGCGAUCAACGACAACAAAAGGAGAUGACAAAUGCAACUGAGGAAUCAUGUAUAGAUGGUUUUCAUAUUUCGGACUCUUUGAAAAAGAAGGAAAGGAAGAGAAAGAAACUUCCCAGGGAAACGCACCUGCAGCUUGUUGGCGCUGGCUUUUGUUCACCUUUCGCAUCUGAUCCCUCCAUUUUGCCCUGGCGCUUUGAUGACCAACCUUCUGAAGGUAUCGAGGCUCCUCAAAAGAAAUCCAAGAAGAAAUCCGGCCAGGACAGAUCUGAUGCCCAGUCAGACUAUUCUUGCACCACAACUGAGAGUGAGCUGACCAGUGAGGCAGGAACAGGAGUGUUCAAGCCCAAGAAGAAGAAGAAGAAGAAGAAAAGGAAACAUGAGCCAGAGAACGGCGAGCAGCUCUGUGUCCCACUGAGUCAAGAAAAGGCUAGUAGUCAACACAAGGCAAAUUGUUUGGGAAACGAACACUGGAGUGACAGAGGUGUCAAAAAGAAGAAAGCCAAGCAGGAUGAGGCUAUUGAAGUGUCCACUGGGUCGUUGAAAAAUACGAUUGGCUCUGCAAGUUCAGCAGACAAGCAUGAGGAAGCAAGCCACAAUAGUGUGCAGGACACGGAACUAGAACUCUUCCCCUCCUUACUGUAUCAAACACAGUAUUCGAGUUUCUCCCAGAAGGAAAGGGCAACCAAGCUGGACAUUCUUCCUGGAUUGGAUAGUCCUGUUGCCCCAAAGAAACCACGCAAGCAUAAAAAUUCUUCUGCCAUGGAGGACCCAGAUAGUAUUGAUGUUGCCCCAAGGAAGCCACGCAAGCAUAAACAAUCUUCAGACGUGGAAGUCUCCGAUAGUACCAAUGUUGUUCCAAGGAGACCACACAAGCACAAAAAUUCUCCUACCGUGGAAGACCCAGAUAGUGCCGACAUUGACCCAAGGAGACCACACGAGCAUAAAAAGUCUUCUGAUAUGGAAAUCCCUGAUAGUACCGAUGUUGUGCCAAGGAUGCCACGCAAGCAUAAGAAAUCUUCUGCCACGGAAGACCCAGAUAGUAGUGAAGUUGAUCCAACAAAGCCACACAAGCAUAAAAAUUCUUCUGCCGUGGAAGACCUUAAUAGACUCGAUGUUGUCCCAAGGAAGCCACGCAAGCAUAAACACUCUUCAGACGUGGAAGUCUCCAAUAGUACCAAUGUUGUUCCAAGGAAGCCACGGAAGCAUAAAAAUUCUUCUGCUGUGGAAGACUCUGAUAGUACUGAUGUUGACCCAAGGAAGCCACACAAGCAUAAAAAACCUUCUGCCACAGAAGACCCAGAUAGUAACGAUGUUGAUCCAACAAAGCCACGCAAGCAUAAAAAAUCUUCUGCCACGGAAGACCCAGAUAGUACCAAUGUUCCCCCAACAAAGCCACACAAGCAUAAAAAUUAUCUUGCCGUGGAAGACCCUGAUAGUAUUGAUGUUGAUUCAAGGAAGCCACUCAAGCAUAAAAAAUCUUCUGGCAUGGUAGUUCCUGAUAGUACCGAUGUUGGCACAAUCGAUCCAGACAAGCAUAAAAAUUAUCCUGCCUCGAAAGACCCUGAUAGCAUUGGUGUUGUCCCAAGGAAGCCACGCAAGCAUAAAAAAUCUUCUGCCGUGGUAGUUCCUGAUAGUACCGACGUUGGCACAAUCGAUCCAGACAAGCAUAAAAAUUCUCCUGCCUCGAAAGACCCUGAUAGUCUUGGUGUUGUCCCAAGGAAGCCACGCAAGCAUAAACAUUCUUCUGCCGUGGGAGACCCUAAUAGUAUUAACGUGGUCCUAAUCAAGCCACACAGGCAUACAAAUUAUUCUGCCGUAGAUGACCCUGAUAGUUUCAAUGUUGACCCAGGGAAUCCACACAAGCAUAAACAAUCUUCUACCCUGGAACACCCUGAUACUACCAAUGUUGACCCAAGGAUGCCACGCAAGCAUAAAAAUUCUUCUGUGGAGUACUCUGGUAGCACUGACUUUAUACCAAGGAAACCACAGAAGCAUAAAAAUUCUUCUGACAUGGAAGACCCUGACAGUACCGAUGUUGCUCCAACGAAGCCACGCAAACAUAAGAAAUCUUCUGGCAUGGAGGACCCUGACAGUACCGAUGUUGCCCCAACGGAGCCACGAAAACAUAAGAAAUCUUCUGGCAUGGUAGACCCUGACAGUACCGAUGUUGCCCCAACGAAGCCACGCAAACAUAAGAAAUCUUCUGGCGUGAAAGACCCUGAAAGUACCGAUGUUGCCCCAACGAAGCCAUGCAAACAUAAGAAACCUUGUGACGUGGAAGACCCUGCUAAUGUCGACAUUGCCCCAAGGAAGCCACGCAAGCAUAAAAAAUCCUCUGACGUGGAAGACCCUGCUAAUGUUGAUGUUGCCCCAACGAAGCCACGCAAACAUAAGAAACCUUGUGACGUGGAAGACCCUGCUAAUGUCGACAUUGCCCCAAGGAAGCCACGCAAGCAUAAAAAAUCCUCUGACGUGGAAGACCCUGCUAAUGUUGAUGUUGCCCCAACGAAGCCACGCAAACAUAAGAAACCUUGUGACGUGGAAGACCCUGCUAAUGUCAACGUUGCCCCAAGGAAGCCACGCAAGCAUACAAAAUCUUCUGACGUGGUGGACUCCGAUACCACCGAUAUAGGCUCUGAAAUGGAAGAAACUGUGAAAUCUGCUACUGUUCAUGACUCGAUAGGAAAUAAAUCACGGGUCACACGUGUCCCUUUGGAAGAUAGCAACAAGUUACCAGAUCCCACCAAGGAUGGGAGGGAAUUGCCUCCCACAAAGGGUCCUACUCAGCCAGUCAGUCAGUCAUUCUUCAUAGAGCACAAUGAGUAUCUGGACUGUGAUAAGCUUGCCGUGCCCGAUUUGGAUAAGGCCACCCAGGAACUGGAGGAGUUCAUCCCCCACGUGAGGAAUCUGUCUGCAUCAGCCGUCAAACAGAUGGCCCGACGAGACCUGAUCCGGUUUAAAAAUUUCAAGCAAAAAGGUGUUUCAGUAAAGUUUGGCAAGUUUACCCAGAAGGAAAACGACCAGCUGAAAAAGAACGUGGAGGACUUCUUGCAGGAGAGCGGCAUAGAAAGUGCAGAGAAGCUCUUGUUCACCCAGCGCUUCCCGGAAGACCGAGCAGCCAUCAACAAGCUGAAAGCCCGGCUUUUGUUCGGCAUCAGGAUCGCGGAAGGAAUUCCCCGACCCUGGAGACUUGUAUAUUAUAGAGCAAGGAAAAUCUUUGACCCCAGGAACUCCAGGGAAAGGUAUUCUGACCAAGAGAAGAGGAAACUGAUGGAGUAUCAGGCCAUGUAUGGCAACAACUGGAAGAGGAUUUCUGAACUGAUGUCUCGAACCAGCCACUCGGUUGCGCUGAAGUACUCUCAGAUGAAGUCUGAGCCCAAGUCCGGCCGUUGGAGCAAAGAGGAGACGAAGAAACUCAUUCAGGCUGUCGAAGGGACACUGCGGGCAAACUGCAGAGAGUUCUGCUCAGCUCUGGAGGAGGAGAAUGAAGGCAAAGCUCUGUCAGUGGUGCGGGAGAAUCUCUACAAGGGCAUCUCGUGGGUGAAGGUCGAAGCCAUGGUGGGCACCAGACACUGGAGGCAGUGCAAGAAGAAGUGGAUGUCAAUUGUUACCAAGAGGAUGUCCAGAGGGCGGGUGAUGGCGUCGGGGCGUGAAAAUUUGCAGUUCAAGAUCAACUUGAUUGAAAGGUUGCACGAUCUGAACAUUGAGGAUGCCAAUGAAGUCGACUGGGAAGUUCUCUCCAGCAUUAUCGGAGACGUCCCUCCAGAUUACAUCCAGGGGAGAUUUUACAAGCUCAAGGCUACUCAUGUUCCCUUUUGGAACCAGAAGACCCUUCCAGAAAUUAUCGAUCACCUGUACAACAAGACGCUGCCAGCACUGAGAGCCGUGCUGGAAAAAAGACUGUCAAAAAGUUUGGCCCGAGCGCAGGCCGCUCAGGUGAAGUGUCAGAGGCAGGUGUUCCAGUUCAGUGAUAUCUUUCAGGAGAGCAGUGACGAGCUGCCGGAAGAUUCAACCGAAGAGUCUGAAGAGGAGGAGGCUGUAGAAGGGCCUCCAGCGAAACGCGGGCCGAGGUCCGGGAGAGCUCCUGACCCGAGGAAGAAAGAAGGGGCCGGCUGAAGCGUCGCAAAGAAAAUGGCGUAUUGAGCCUUUGUUUUUUGAUGCCGUUUGAGAUUGGAUUCCUGACAGAAUAUUCAAAGCAGCCUCGAGGAAGGGGAGGAUCCCUCCUCCCCCCAGUCCAACAGCCACCGUCUCUAUCCUCUGCUUGCAGCCACUCUCUCAGCAAAGGCGCAACCCUGUUUGUGAUCAGUAAAUCCCAUAUUUGUGCAAAGGCAGAGUUCAGGGCUGAUGUGAGGGCAGUGUGGCACUAUGGGCCAGCAUUAGUGGUGAUCGCGCAUGCUUGCACUUUACGCAAAUCCACACAAACACUCUCCAAGUCCCAAAUCUGGGGGCAGGGCCUGUUGGAGCCGGCUGCCACCAGCUCUUCCUCCAUCCCUUGCUCUUUUGCGGGGGGUGGGUGGGGGAGAAGGAAGCCAGGAGAGCUGCUAUGCCCCACGACUUCCUGCCCAAGCCAGAGGGAGGCCGGAGCUGCUGGCAGCAGAAGCAGCUGGCCACUGGCAUAAUUUAUGCCAGUGGAGCCUCGGGACCAAGAUAUCCACCGCGGUCCCGUUUGGGUGGUUACCUGAAAACGCCCGUGAAUUUUC